AGCGUCUUGAAAUAAGAUCAAAAGAGGAGGAGCUCAGAGACGCAGAAAAUCCUCGACAGGAUGAACGACAGCGGGGCUGACAUGAAUUUGCAGCUCGUAAAACCGGAUUCACCGUCUCCAUCGAGAGACGGUCUACCAUCCAUCUAUUCCGUGCUGAACCUUCCGAACGACAAACUUCACAUCGAUGAUUGUGAAGAUCCUCCCACCGCCUCGGGACCCGCCGAACUGCCGGUGACUGCACAAGCAGCUGCACAUGAACUGGAGCCGAAACAGAACAUCGGAAAUAUGCGGUACCGUCAGAUCUGUCUACUCUGCCUAGUUGCAGCCGCCCUCAUCGUGAUUGUCGUAGGACUCUCGAUCCAUGUAUCACAGAUUCGUCAGUCUAAGGAAACCUGCCACCGAAACUAUCAUGAGUUAAACUCAACUCUUCAAUCCAAGCUUUCUGCGCUCAAGUUUAAUCUAUCCGUUUUUAAACAAGUACACAGCGAUCUCCAUCACCAGUUCUGUAAAUUUUUGACCAGCAGAAGAGAGACAACGUGUCCCCAGGAAUGGACCAAAAAUGAAGACCAUUGUUAUUUCAUAUCCACGUUUGGAACAUCUUAUGAUGGAGCGAGGCAAAAUUGUUCGGAACUUGAUUCAAGGCUCCUCGAAAUAAAUUCAAACAAGGAAAAGAUUUUUGUUUCCAACGCUGUCGAACGAUACGUCACAUACUGGAUUGGAAAAUGCUCAGACAAGAAUGUGUCCUCUGAUCUUAUGUACGAGUUGAACUUUGAAAAGCCCACCUGCAGUAAGUGCGGAUCGAGUUACCGUUACAGUUGCAAUGGGAAUUACAGAUUCAUCUGCGAGAAGACGGCAUAUUUGUACCCGGAUAUUCCUGAAGAUGUCCAAGGUCUCUGUCAACUGCCUUUCGGGCCGACUUCAAUCAAGUGACUUCACCCCACUUCUCCCCAUUCAAUCUACCUCACACUCACUCCCCAUCCUUUCAUCCCCUCCUACCUCUUCUUCCUACCACAGCCUCCUCUACUCGCAUCCCCAUUCUCCCCCCUACUCUCCCUGUCCCCAACUAGACCACUCUUCUCCGUUUCCUGCCCCGAACUACCUAACUCCCUCCAUUUACUCCUCCUUCGUACUGACUCAUCUUCUCACUCUGCCCUUCUUCUCUCAAACUCAAUCCGCGUCUCCCCAUCUAUCUCUGUCUCGUAACCCAGCCCCUGCCUCUCCUCUCUCAGUUCUCUCCACCCACUCUGACGUCAAUGCUGUGCAUACUAGCUUUCGAUGCCCCAACCAAGGGGAAAAAGGCUGUGUAUUCACCCUAUCUGUGCCUCCCCUGUCUUCAUACCCACUCUCCAAGGAACAAAGUCCCAUCCUUCUUGUCUUUUCUCCAUAACUCAGACCCUCGAGUUCCGGCAACAUCCUCGUAAAUCUCCCUCUGCGCUCCUUCCAUCUCAGUGGCAUCUUUCCUGCAGGAGGGCGACCAGAACUGAACACCGCCCUCCAAGCGCGGCCUCACCGACCUUUCCUGCAAGUACAACGUGACUUCAGUGCGGUGCAAAGAUGUAAAAAUAACGUAAAUCGGGGAA